UUUAACACAGCGGUUCGGUGUGCACACGAGGACGUACCACAGACGGUGUACCGGAAGCCGGAAUAGCUAUGAAGAGCUACGGUCGAACCGUUUGGGUUAUGGUGUGUGUGCUGGUCGCCUUACACAUCGGAGGAUCUCACCAGCAAACGCCACCACAGUGUACCACACCGACGAAAGUGCGUGGACGCUGCAUCUCCAUCUACGAAUGUGACAGCAUACUGGACUACUUCAAGCAGCGGAUACUCAGCUGGGAGGAGCGGGAGUUUUUGCGCAAAUCGCAAUGCACGGGCACCACCAGCGGACGCCAACCGUUUGUGUGCUGUCCCGGUAACGGUGCCAAACCGGUCGUGCCAUCACCGGCUGGUACCGCUGAGCAGGGUAGCUCCACCACCACCACCACAACGCAAGCACCGACCAGUGACGCUGUGCUCGAUCAGCUUGCCAGCGGUCUGUUGCCGAAUCCGAAAAAGAACGAAUGCGGUGUUAGCAUCGGCAUGAGAAUAUACGGCGGUGAAAAUGCCGAUAUCGAUGAUUUUCCCUGGCUCGCACUGUUGCAGUACGAGAAUCGGAAGGGUGAACGCAAAUACAGUUGCGGUGGAUCACUGAUCAAUAAGCGUUAUGUGCUGACUGCCGCCCACUGUGUGGUUGGUGAGGUUGAGCGCAAGGAGGGCAAGCUCGUUGCUGUGCGGCUAGGCGAAUACAACACCAACACCGAAAUCGAUUGCGUCACGGACGGGGGGGAGGAAAUCUGUGCCGAUGCACCGAUCGAUGCGGCAGUGGAAUCGAGCCUCGUUUACCCGGACUACGAUGAGCAGGCUCACGCACACGACAUCGCCCUAGUGCGGCUGGCAAGGUCGAUCGCGUAUACUGACUUUGUGCAACCGGUUUGUCUACCGCUGGCAGACUUCCGCCCUUCGAAGGCGGGCGAAGUUAACUUUGUCACCGGGUUCGGUCGUACACUCAAGGGAAGUCGGAGCCCUAUCAAGCAGAAGCUCGGCAUCAAGGUGUACGAUCACGAACGCUGCCGGGAGAAGUACGCGACGAAGAACUCGCCGAUAACGUCCAACCAGAUCUGUGCCGGAGGCGAAUUUGCGAAGGACUCGUGCCACGGUGAUUCCGGUGGUCCGCUCAUGAAGCUGCAGAAGGUUUGGUACUUGGAGGGGAUCGUGUCGUACGGGAAUAGGUGCGGGCUGGAAGAUUGGCCCGGCGUUUACACGCACGUUCCCGCGUACAUGGCUUGGGUGAGAAGCAACAUCAAGCGAGUCCGCCUGUCAGCAACCAGUUUUCACUGUAUCGCCUUGAGCAGCUUCCUGGGCAGUCCCACGAUCGCGCGUUGCAGAAGCUAUCAGUUGAUCUUGACUCUGCUUGCCGCAACGAUCGUCAUGGCAAGGUGGAUUGAAUUUGUGCUCGCGGCACUCGUUUGCGGUCGCGUAGACUUUGCAUACGGGCAGGAAUCUUGCCGAACGCCGGACCAUCGCGACGGAGUUUGCAUGCCGGUGCAGCAGUGUCCAAGCAUCCGGGACGAGUUCUUCAACACCGAUCGGGUGUUGGACGAGGACGAGAUAGCCUUUCUGCGGCAGCUGCAGUGCAAAACGAAGGAUGUAAAAAUGUGCUGCCCGGAUGGGGUAACGACGGUGGACCGCAACCCGACGGCCGUGCGCGAUGGCUUACCAAACCCGAAAGCGUUCGAGUGUGGGUUGGAUACGCUGGCGGAUCGGAUCAUCGGUGGCAAUUACACGGCGAUCGAUGAGUUCCCCUGGUACGCUCUGUUGGAGUACGUGUCGAAGAAGGGCGAACGAGCGUUCAAGUGUGGCGGUUCCCUGAUUAACGGACGCUACGUACUGACCGCCGCACACUGUCUGGCCAACAAGAAGCUGGACGAGGGCGAACGACUUGUGAAUGUGCGUCUCGGCGAAUAUAACACCGCCACCGAGAUGGACUGUGAGGACGGUGAUGCGGACAACUGUGCCGAUCCGCCGCAGAACUUUGGCAUCGAGGCCCAAAUCGUUCAUCCCGGAUACGACAAAAAUGGACCAUUUCAACACCAUGAUAUCGCGCUGAUUCGUCUCGAUCGAGAUGUCACCAUGAACAACUUCGUUUCCCCGGUGUGUCUUCCACCGGACAACUUUACGCCUACCACACCGAAUAUUAACGUUACGGCCGUCGGUUUCGGACACACUGGUCAACAGCGUCACAGUGGCAUCAAGAAGAAGGCGCAAUUUCCAGUGUUCGCCCAGGAGGAGUGUGACAAAAAGUGGAAGAACAUCGAAAUCAUCGAGCAGCAGCUGUGUGCCGGUGGUGUGUUUGGAAUUGAUUCCUGCAGUGGAGACUCUGGUGGACCGUUGAUGGUGCGACGGUUCUACUGGAUACAGGAGGGCGUUAUUUCUUUCGGCAAUCAAUGCGCCUUGGAGGGUUGGCCAGGUGUGUACACUAGGGUGUCGUCUUAUCUGGACUGGAUUCGGCAGAAUAUUCGUCGUUAAAUCUACCCUCAAGAAGAUUAGACGGAGGGAUUCAGACGAAGCGUCCUUUAAAAAUAUUGAUAGUAAUUAAGUUUAAUAAAG